AUACCUCCCUCUUCCUACCUUCACCACGACUUCCCCGGAUAUUCCCCCAGUUUCCAACUCCCGCAGGCAACCAGAUUCUCUCGAACUCCUUAGUAAGACUUGUACUUCCUCCGAUAUUCUGUUCGACCGUCAAUACACUUCCCGGCCACGCCCCACUCGCGGCAACAUGGACGCCAAGAGACAUCCGAGCUCGUUCCAGCAGCUCGAAAAAUUGGGAGAGGGCACUUAUGCUACUGUCUUCAAGGGACGGAACCGCCAGACCGGCGAGCUUGUCGCCCUCAAAGAAAUUCACCUUGACUCAGAAGAAGGCACUCCGUCGACCGCGAUCCGUGAGAUUUCCCUUAUGAAGGAGCUCAAGCACGAAAACAUUGUUGCCCUUCACGAUGUCAUCCAUACCGAAAACAAACUCAUGCUAGUAUUUGAGUACAUGGAUGGUGACCUGAAGAAGUACAUGGACACGCACGGCGACCGGGGCGCUUUGAAGCCCAUCACUAUCAAAUCUUUCAUGUUUCAGUUGUUGAAAGGCAUCGAUUUCUGUCAUAAGAAUAGAGUCCUCCACCGAGAUCUAAAACCUCAGAACCUGCUUAUUAAUGGCAAAGGCCAGCUCAAGUUGGGCGAUUUUGGGUUGGCGCGUGCGUUUGGUAUUCCUGUAAAUACAUUUUCGAACGAGGUCGUCACCCUGUGGUACCGCGCUCCGGAUGUCCUCUUGGGAAGUCGAACCUAUAACACGAGCAUCGACAUAUGGUCGGCGGGGUGCAUUAUGGCCGAGAUGUAUACGGGACGACCGCUCUUCCCUGGUACGACCAACGAAGACCAGAUCGUCCGUAUUUUCCGCAUAAUGGGCACGCCGACAGAGAGGACCUGGCCCGGUAUCACCCAAUUCCCCGAGCACAAGUCUAAUAUCCAAAUGUACGCCACGCAAGACCUCAGGGCUAUCCUACCGCAGAUCGAUCAAGUCGGAAUCGAUCUUUUACAGCGAAUGCUGGUCCUUAGACCUGAGCACCGCAUUAGUGCCCAUGAUGCCUUACUACACCCCUGGUUCUCUGAUUUGGCCAUGCAACACCAGAUGCAGCAGCAGCAACAACAGCAGCAGCAGCAGCAGCAACAGCAACAGCAACAGGCAAUGCAGGCGCAGGUUAGGGGAUAUGCACCUCCCGCGGUGCCAUCGCAAGGCGUUUACGAUCCCGGCUACUAAGCAGCAGCUUGUAACUGAUGUCAGUCAGGCUUCCUAAGUACCUACGUUGGCCACCCCAUCCAUCCAUAUCCAUUGUUCGGGGGGAACUCUUUGAAGGUUGUGUAAGGAGUG